AAAAGUGUCAGCUGUUGGAGUACGGAUGGGGAAAACGUGCAAAACAAGAUAAUGCGUUUGACCACGUGACCAGUUUACAGAGAUAAAUGACCGAGAAAUAGUUGUUUGGUAAUUUCGACGUGUUCGAACUUUCUCUGUGUGAUACAAUUCUCAUUGAAAAUGAAGACUGCUUAUUUCUUGGUGGUUCUGCUGGCCUUGACCUUCGUCCCCGAGCACGUGGAUGGUUGGUUUUUCCGGUCUGUACGCAGAAUUCGCAUCAGUCCGUACCACACGCUGGGUUGUAUGGCGGCCUGCAAGUGGGCCAGGAGCUGGGCGUGUAAGGCCUGCAAGAGGAAGAGGGGACUAGACGUGCCAGAUGAUGCAGAUGAGGAUGAAGAUGUCACCAAGGUUAUGCAACACCUGGAUUUGAACGGAGAUGGUUUUGUUGAACUCGUCGAGAUCGCUCACAUGACUGGCCUGAAAAUGUCAAACCCAGUUCUACUGGCUAAAUUCCGCAAAGCGGAUACCAACGGCGAUGGCGAACUGGACCUUCCUGAAUUGGCAGCUUUCCACUUCGAGAACAAAAAGGAAUUUCUGGACGCCAUGGCAAAGCACGGACGUUAAGCUGUGGAGCGAUCAUCCAGCACAUUUGGCCGGACACAUGUCGUAAUGGCACGUUGGUCAUGUACGCGGGUGAAGGGUUUUCAAUAAAAUAAAAUAUAAAUUUAAAA